AUGCGCAGCGCAACCCGUGUGUUUAGGUCCAACGUGGCCAGACAAUUCUCCACAACCACCAGACUUCAAGCACCCUCAGGACUCAAAAUCAACUCUGGACGGCUCUGGGAGUCCUUGCAUGAGACAUGUGAAUGGGGUGCCGCCCACCGAUAUGGCGAGAAUCCAAGAGAGACGGGUAUGGCUCGUCUUUCUUUGACAGAUGAUGACGCCCAUGUCCGGCGAUGGUUUGCCACUGAGGUGCAAAAGCUUGGCUGCGUGCUUUCAGUCGACCGCAUGGGCAACAUGUUCGCCCGCCAGGCCAGACGACUGAACUCGUCUGCUCCUAUGAUCGCGAUGGGGAGCCACCUCGACACCCAGCCUCGGGGUGGUCGGUAUGACGGGAUCCUGGGUGUGAUAGCUGCCCUGGAGGUACUGCGCACCAUGCGGGAAAAUGGGUUCCAAACUAAGUACGACGUGGGAGUGGUGAACUGGACCAACGAGGAGGGAGCCCGGUUCCCCAAGUCCAUGUGUUCUUCGGGUGUCUGGGCCGGUGCUAUUCCAAUCAAGAAAGCCUGGGACUUGCGCGAUAUCCAUGACCCUACUGUGACUCUUCGUUCGGAGCUGGAAAGACAUGGAUACCUCGGGGAAAUCGACUGUUCAAGCGAUCCCGCAUCUGGAUUCCCGCUUGGAGCUCAUUUCGAACUGCACAUUGAACAGGGGCCCAUUCUCGAGCAGACCGGACGCUCGAUUGGAAUUGUCCAGGGUGCACAGGGUUACCGCUGGCUGACUAUUAAUGUCCUCGGAAAGGACGCGCAUACUGGGACAACACCAUUCAGUGCUCGCCAGGAUCCGGUACUUGCUGCAUCCAGGAUGAUUGCCACGUCUCAUGAUAUUGCGCAGCGUCACGACGCACUGGCAUCAACGGGUAUUAUCAAAGUGCCUUCGAAUGCCUCCACCAAUACUGUUGCCUCGGAGGUGACUUUCACCCUUGAUAUCAGACAUCCGAAGGAUAGCGUGGUCCAUGCCGUGCAGGAAGAAUGCCUGCAGUCGUUUGCGACCAUUGCCUCCCAGGAUGGAAGAGGCGUGUCAUUCAACUGGACACUCGACACUGACUCACCGGCUGUCAAAUUUGAUCAGAACUGCGUUGCAUCCAUCCAGACAGCGGCGGACCAGCUUGUUGGUCCUGAUCGGUCGAUGCUUAUGACGAGUGGUGCGGGCCAUGAUAGUGUUUAUACUAGCAAACAUUGCCCGACGGCGAUGAUCUUUGUCCCAUGCCGUGACGGUGUCAGUCAUCACCCGACCGAGUACUGUUCGCCAGAAGAUUGUGCUCUGGGGACCCAAGCGCUUCUUGAAGCAGUGGUGCAUUACGAUCGGUUCCAUGCAGGGGGGCAGUAG